AUGUUGCCUUGCCACGCAGUUGUUCUGUGUAUCCUUAUAGGAAGAUCAUGGGGCAUUGACCAGAGUUUCCCACCAUACUUCAAGUUCGGGGCCGCGACUGCUGCUUAUCAGAUCGAAGGGGGAUGGAACGCUGAUGGCAAAGGACAAAACAUAUGGGAUAGAUAUGUCCACGAACAUCCCCGGGACAUUCGGAACAAUGAAACAGGGGACGUGGCCGCUGACUCCUACCACCAGUGGCGGGAGGACGUGAAAGCUAUCACCCAGAUGGGUCUUCAGACAUAUAGAUUCUCAAUAAGUUGGGCUCGAAUAUUGCCCACGGGUUUCACCAACGAAAUUAACAAAGCUGGCGCCAAGUACUACAGCGAUCUCAUCGACACUCUCCUCGCUGAAGGCAUUGAGCCAAUCGUGACUCUAUUUCACUGGGAUUUGCCGGUGAAAAUCCAAGAUCUUGGAGGCUGGACGAAUCCCCUCAUCGUGAAGUGGUUCGGCGACUACGCCAGGGUUGUCUUCACCCUUUAUUCGGACCGUGUCAAAACCUGGCUGACCAUCAACGAGCCGGUGGCAGUGUGCGACUACUUCUACAACAUCAAACCUUAUCCACCGAGGGUCCUGGAACCAGUGCACGCACCGUACCUGUGCAACAAAUACAUCAUGCUGGCACAUGCAACCGCAUACAGGAUAUUCGAGCGUGAAUUCAAGCCAAGAUGUCCAGGUCGAAUUUCUCUCGCAAACAAUGUAUUAUGGAUAGAGCCUCUUACCCCUGAAGACAAGGCUCUGGCGGAACUUGGCAGACAGUAUCAGACAGGCAGAUACUCUCAUAUGGUAUUCUCCGAGCGAGGUGGUUGGCCACCUUCCGUGGAAAAGUUGAUGUUGGAACUUAGCAUAAAGCAAGGAUACUCGCAUUCCAGACUUCCGGCUUUCACAAGGGAAGAGAUAGAGUUUAUGAAAGGAACUGCAGAUUUCUACGGUAUAAACUACUACACCACCAGUUUGAUCAGGCCAGCAAGGCCGGGAGAUAAACCUGGUGUGUGGUUCAUUAACGGAUCCCCAGAAUUAAACGCAACUUUGGAAAAGCCGCCAGGCGCUUAUUUUGGGGCGUCACCCAUACUUCCAGCAGUCCCGGAAGGCAUUCGCAAACAGUUGAAGUGGCUGAAACAGCAGUACGGCGACAUUGAGAUUCACAUCACGGAGAACGGAUUUUCCACAAUCGGCUACCAACUCGACGACUACGACAGAGCAGAUUUCAUCAAGGAGCAUCUAGAACAAGUACUCCUCUCCAUCAAAGUGGACAAUGUCAACGUGGUGGGAUACACAGUUUGGUCUCUCAUUGACAACUUCGAAUGGCUGGAUGGAUAUAGGACAAAAUUCGGUCUUUACGAAAUAGACUUCGAGCAUCCCGCUCGGACAAGAACACCGCGGGUUUCAGCUAACUACUACGCAUGCGUGAACGCAGCGCGAUCGCUGGACAUUCCGGAUUCCUGCUACAACAAAAACUACGCAGCACACAGGAUUCGACGGACUGGCAAGGAAAACGGCAGCUUAGCAAAUGGCGCGGGCGGGCUCUUACUAAACAUUUGCGCUUUAUUUUUUAGUAUAACUUUGAGUUAUUGUAAACAAUUCAGUAUUUAGUAGCAGUAAAUAAAGUAUU